AUGCAGUUCAAGACCCUCUUCUCCCUCUCCGUUGCCAUCGUCGGAGCCAUCGCCGCCGAUGAGGACCCCCUCUCCCAGCUCCCUGAGUGCGCCAAGAGCAAGCUCACUGCCGCCUUCCAGGCCACUGGCUGCACCUCCCAGACAGACACCGCCUGCUGGUGCCCCAACGCCGACCUGAAGUCCUCGGUCCAGAACGUCGUCGGCGGCACCACCGUGUGCACCAGCGCCGAUGACAGGAAGCUGAUUGGCGACCUGUGGAACGAGAAGUGCCCUGACAACACCGUCACCAUCGCCUAA